UUGUACCUGCCACAGGUCAAAUACACACUGGAUUAACCAAAAAAGCAUGUUACAACGGCUAUCGUAAUGAAACGACAUCACAAUCUAGAGCCAACGGUUUAAAAAUACAACCCUGGAAUCAUAAGCCGACGAUUGCACAAAUAUAAUUCCGGAAACAAAAUCACACUUAAACUAACAUGCAAGGACUACAAAAACAUAGGCAAUAACAUAAAAGACCGACGACUAGACAUUCUAGAUAAGACUCAAACCCAGCCAUAAAGAAAACAAACCGGGACGAUAGUUUUUAUACCAAUAGUUUAUGGAUAACCGUUGUUGUAGAUUGUGCCUCAUAAGGGCUCUGCUCCACUUAAGGGCCUCUGUUCCACUGACCCUCUCCAAAACCAACUAAACUCGCAAUUGGGCUUGAACAAACUAAGGUUACUACGCAUCUUCUACACGCUUCUGCUCCAUGCAUAGACUACCUCCACAUCUAACUAAAACUCACCAUUGGACUUUGUAGGAGCUCACCACGCGCCUCAACACCACGGCAUAGCUAACCAAACCUUACUUGACACGCUCUUAUUCAAAAAAGCCGGUAACCAUAAAUCCACCACCACGUACCGUAGAUCUGACGAGAUCGAUGACCAUGAAUUCCGAUUUGAGACUCUCCGUUUCAAUACGAAAAAACGAAGCUUCCGACCAGAUCUGAAACCCUGUAGACUGAUAAACAAGGCUGAAACAAAACAAAAAAAAGAUCGACGAGGAACAAUCUCCGCCGCAACGCAAUCGAAGAUGGCAUCUACUACCAGCGCUCCGAAGAUCUCAAUGUUCGGUGCCAAGUCCGGAUUCGUAAUCCCUAAAAACAAGUUAUCCGGAUCACUGAUCCCCAUUUUCCAACGCGGCGGAGGAGGCGCCGGUAAGGAUAGCGGAACGCUCACGAAGCUAGGGAAGAGGAAGACUAAGUGGGGACCUGAUUUGACGCAAGACGUUGCAGUCAAGAAGGCCAGAGUCUUGGCUUACCAGAAACGUUUGGAUCAAAUUACACAGCAACUGGAGUCAGGAACUCAUGAAGCCGAGGCUAAUAGAGAAACCAGCAGUGAUAUUGCUGAACAUCUGGAGUUAGAGAAACGUGAAGCAAUUGGGGAGAUACUUGAGUUGAAUCCGAGGUUCAAGGCUCCACCUGACUAUAAGCCAGUGCUGAAAGAAGCUAGAUUGCCGAUCGAUGUCAAUGAACAUUCUGAUUUUAGUUUUCUAAGUCUCAUAUUUGGUUCCCAAGGUGAUACUCAAAAACAGCUUGAAAAAGAGACUGGAGCCAAAGUACAAGUUUUUGGCACUAAAACAGGAGGAGAGAAGGUUGAACUCUCUUCUUCAGAUGAAAACGAGAUCCAGACGUCGUGGGAAGAGUUAUAUUUUCAGAUAUCAUCUGACACCUACGAAAAAGUAGAUGCAGCUAUUGCUGUAAUUGAGCUGCUUAUCUCUUCAGUGUCUAUCUAGAUCUGAAGACGUUUCAACCGUUCCAGGCAACAACAACGUAACUGCUACAGACCCAAACUCCGAACAGCCAACUGUCAGCUCUGUACAACCUUCACAAACCCAACUCGAAGAACAUGGCUCCUCUUUUCCAUUGGCUUCAAAUCAAGUUCCAUUUCAUCCACAUCUUAAUCCCUCUGCUCCAACUCUUGGUAAUCGUAUCCCGGAUCAAGAACUGCUAACCAAUCCUCCUUUUGCUCAGCAACCAAUUCAUCUUAACACAUCAUUACGUCCUGACUUUCAAGUCCCUCGUCCACCAGAUUUGUUUUCUUUUAACCUUUCCAGCACACCAAGGCCCUACUCCGUGGUUGCCCCGCAAGGAUCGUUAGUUCAACCAGGUUUUUCGACUCUGCCUCCAUAUUCUGGCAGUCUGGUACAACCACUAGGACCACGAUCUACAAUGAGGCCGUCGACUUUCCAAACUGUACCUAGCAGUGGAUUUAGACCAACGCUGUUGCCAGACAUGGUCUCAAGCAACAUGUCCCAAUCAAUACGGCCUCUGGCUCCUAACCUCAGUUUACAUCCGGUAGCUCAUCAGACAGGUACUGAAAUACCAUCAGUUCCCUUUCCCUCUGGUAUCAGUCUGAAACAUCUAACAGAAUAUGCUUCUGGUGGUUCUCUGCGUCCCAUGUCAGUGUCACCACAUGUUUCUGGCAGGCUUGCUGGUCCUCUUCCUACUUAUCCUUCCACAAAUACAGCUCCAAGGCCAUUUCAAGGUGAUUUCGGUUUCCAUCCACAAUCACAUAUAUCUCCUAGACCCAACUCUCAAACAGUUCAUCUCCCUCCUCUGGUAUUUCGAGCCCCAUCCGUCAGUCCAGCCUCCCAACAUUUUGGACAAAGUUUCGCAAGAUCACAGCACUUUGGGAGGCAGAUGGAUCAACCCCUGAACCACCUGCCUAGACCAUUUCAUGGUAACGUGAGAUCUUCAAACUUGCAGAGCUUUGGACCUCCAUUGCCUCGGGUGAUGCCUAGGAACUUCCCUGAAGCUCAGUUCCCGCAGCGUUCUGCUUUUUUCCCUCCAAGACCAGUGUUUCAUAAUGAUAACCUGAACCCAAAUGGCCAACCACAGAUUCGACACAGGUCUAACGCAGGUGUGCAUCAAGUAUAUGAUCCUUUUUCACCUAGUGACGCAUGAUGACUCGUUAGUGUUUUUUUUCAUUACUGAGGAAAAAGAGAUAACAUUUGAUAUAAUUUUCCUAACAGAAAGUUUCAAAGCAUUGGCUUUGUCUUUUCCAUGUAUAAAUGUUUGUCUUUUGUGAUUUUAAUGGGAAAAUUGAAAAUCGCCACAGAAAAUUCAUUUGUGCUUA